CACGGCGGCCCCAGAUUGGCUGCGUGGGGCCGGUACCGGGGCAGGGGCACCCCCCGCCCCCUCCCCUCCCGCACACCCUCAGUCCCGGAGAAACUCUAGAAAAGAGGGUGGGUGUUUCUGUGUGUGGUUUUUUUUUUCCUCUUCUGCCUGGACUAGCUUAAGGACCGUUUCUUACACACGCCCGCAGACCCCUGGCAGCUUCGUCAACUGAAACAUCUGCGCUCCAUUGCGACCACCCCCCUCCAGCGAACACCCUUCCCCUGCUGCUGCUCCUCCUCCCUUCCCGCUCCAGCUCUGCUCGCACCCGCCGCUUCCUUUCUUCCACCGAUGUUUUCCUGCUCCACAGGGCGACGUGUUUGCUGAACUUUUCGAACAGUUUGGGGGGCGGGUGGGGGGAACCUGAGGCUUUUUUCUAUUUCCUUCCCCGGAGCUGGGGGCAGCGAGCGGAGGAAGGAUCCGCACGCAGGGCGCAGGUCGCGCACACACAAGCUCUUUGGAGGAGAGAAAACCCUUGCAUCGGGAGUCCGCGAAACUCGCCGGCUGCCGGGGCUCCCGCUGUGGAAAUGGCUUGGAUCAGAGGGGGCUUUUUCCUCCUCCUCACUGCCUGUGCGCUUUUGUCACCAGCGGUCGCUGCCUCCGAAAAGGGCAGGCUGAGGAGGAUCACGUAUGUCCUGCAGCCCGGCCGGCCGGGAUCCUCCGGCAGCAGGCAUCAGCGCCCGACCCUCCUUGGGGGGGAGCAGCGGGAGCAGCAGCAGCAGCAGCAGCAGCGCACGUUUAAUGUGCAGCUGAACACGCGCUACGGUGGUGGCGGCGGCGGGGGCACCGGCACCCUGGAGCGGACCCGGCGGAUGAGCAAGGCGGGCGGCGCUGGCGUGCAGCUCCGCUUGGGCCCCGCCGGGCAGGUCCAUUCCAACUCCGCCACUCAUACUGCUUCCUUCACCAAGCCGGCCCGUUUCGGGCCGCGGCCCAAGCCACCGCCGGUCACCCACGGCAACAGCAGCGCCGGCCUGCCCCUCCGACAGAAGCACCAGCUGCCUCCGCUGCCGGGGGCCAAUGUCUGCGGAGGGCAGUGCUGUCACGGGUGGAGCAAGGCCACGGGCUCACAGAGGUGCAUCAAACCUAACUGUGCACCACCAUGCCAAAAUGGAGGGAUGUGCCUGCGACCUCAGCUCUGUGUGUGUAAACCGGGAACAAAAGGCAAUUCCUGUGAGGAUACAAUCAUGCAAGACACAUCUUCCACUGGAGGCCGGAGCCCCGUUGUUUCCCCGUGGCCAAUACCCCAGCAGGCUGCUCAGCAGACCGCUCAGAAGGUGCAGGUCCCAUUGAAGGUUGGCCCUAUGACUCAGAUGGCAUUCACCAUCAAGCAGAAGCCUCCUGUUGGGUUACCUCAGCAAAUGCAACCGCAGAUGAUACCCCUUUCAUCUCAGACACUGAUGAUGAAUCUUCAUCAUGGCCAAACACAGGAAUAUGUGAUCAAACCCAAAUAUUACCCAGUAAAAAAAGUGAUUUCAGGAGAACAGUCAACUGAGGGCUCAUUACCACUGAGACUGGGUCAGGAUCAACUUGCAUCACCUUUACAAUUGGGAAAUCACACUGGUCGCAUCAAGGUGGUCUUUACACCCAGCAUCUGUAAAGUGACUUGUACCAAAGGCAACUGUCAGAACAACUGUGAGAAGGGAAAUACCACCACCCUCAUUAGUGAAAACGGACACGCUGCUGACACUCUGACAGCCACUAACUUCCGAGUAGUUAUUUGCCACCUUCCGUGCAUGAAUGGAGGCCAGUGCAGUUCUAGAGAUAAAUGCCAGUGCCCUCCUAAUUACACUGGUAAACUUUGUCAGAUCCCUGUGCAGACUGCCAAUAGUCCAAAACUGUACCAUCACCCACAACAGGUGAACAAGGCUGUAGGAUCACAAAUUAUCCACUCUACUCAUACUUUGCCACUGACGAUGUCAGGACAGCAAGGUGUAAAAGUGAAAUUCCCUCCUAACAUAGUGAAUAUCCAUGUGAAACAUCCCCCUGAAGCCUCAGUUCAGAUUCAUCAAGUUUCAAGAAUUGACAGCACAUCAACAGGACAAAAAGCAAAAGUACCUCAGCCAGGACAUCCACAGGUCUCUUAUCAAGGUCUUCCGUAUCAGAAGACCCAGAAAGGACAUACUACUUACACAAAUCAACAACCCAUUCCUCAUAUGUUUCCUGUUUCAGUUAAAACUCAGCUUGGGCGCUGCUUCCAGGAGACUGUUGGGACACAGUGUGGCAAAGCACUUCCUGGCCUUUCCAAGCAAGAAGACUGCUGUGGAACCGUGGGUACUUCCUGGGGUUUUAACAAAUGUCAGAAGUGUCCCAAGAAGCCAUCUUACCAUGGAUACAGCCCUAUGAUGGAAUGCCCACAAGGCUACAAGAGGAUCAAUGCUACAUUUUGUCAAGAUAUCAAUGAGUGUCAGUUACAGGGAGUGUGCCCUAAUGGUGAGUGCUUGAAUACCAUGGGCAGCUACAGAUGUACAUGCAAAAUGGGAUUUGUGCCAGAUCCUACCCUGUCAAGAUGCAUACCUGACAAUCCCAUAGUUGCUGAAGAGAAAGGACCCUGCUACCGGUUUGUCAGUGCAGGAAAGCAAUGCAUGCAUCCUCUUUCUGUUCAGCUCAGCAAGCAGCUUUGCUGUUGCAGUGUUGGCAAAGCCUGGGGCCCACACUGUGAGAAAUGUCCACUUCCAGGAACAGCUGCUUUUAAGGAAAUCUGCCCUGGUGGAAUGGGUUAUACGGUUUCUGGCCCUCACAGAAACAAGCUAUAUCAUCACCCUGCAGUUAGAGUACAGCCACCUGUCAUUGGCAAGACCCCGAUUACUCAACCUGUUGCUAAAGGUACUUCUCCUCCACCUCUCCCAGCAAAGGAAGAGCCAGUGGAGGCACUGACCUUCUCACAGAAAAGUGAGACUGAAAUGGCUGUGCAAGAAGUGGCAACUGCAGCCCCUGAUCAGGAAUUAGCUUCUCUUGAUCAAGAAAAGCAGCCUGAUCUAGAGCCUGGGCAGCCUCAACUUUCUCCUGGAAUUUCAACCAUUAACCUGCAUCCCCAGUUUCCAGUAGUGAUUGAGAAAACAUCUCCUCCUCUGCCUGUUGAAGUUGCGCCUGAAAUCUCUACUUCCAGUGCAAGUCAAGUAAUUGCACCUACUCAAGUUACAGAAAUCAACGAAUGCACAGUUAAUCCUGAUAUCUGUGGAGCAGGACACUGUGUUAAUUUGCCUGUUGGAUACACUUGCAUCUGCUACGAGGGGUACAAACUUAAUGAUCAGCAGACAAAGUGCUCUGAUAUUAAUGAGUGUAAUCAGGCACCCCAUCUCUGUUCCCUUGGACGCUGUGAAAAUACAGAAGGAAGUUUCCUAUGUAUUUGCCAAGCUGGAUUCAUGGCCAGUGAGGAUGGAACCGACUGUGUUGAUUUUGAUGAAUGUUCAAGACCUCAUACUUGUGGAGAAGGAUUUUGUGUAAAUACUCUUGGAUCAUAUAGAUGUGAAUAUUGUGAUAGUGGAUACCAAAUGAACAGGAGAGGUGAAUGUGAAGACAUUAACGAAUGCGCGGCUCCAACUACGUGUCCAGAUGCACAGUGCAUGAAUGCUCCUGGCUCUUACCAGUGCAUUCCUUGCAGAGUGGGAUUCAGAGGCUGGAAUGGGCAGUGCCAUGAUAUAGAUGAAUGUCAGUAUGGCAAUCUCUGUACAAAGGGACGUUGUGAAAAUAUGGAAGGGUCUUUCAGAUGUGUUUGUGGCCAAGGUUUCAAACUCUCUGCAUCAGUGGAUCAGUGUGAAGAUAUAGAUGAAUGCCGGCACCGAUCGCUCUGUAGGAAUGGACGUUGCAGGAAUACAGAAGGAUCUUUCAGAUGUAUUUGUAGCCAAGGUUAUACACUAUCAUCUACUGGAGAUCAGUGUGAAGAUUUUGAUGAAUGCCUUCAAGACAGUGAUAUUUGCCUUAGAGGAAAAUGCAUUAAUACUGUUGGGUCUUACAAAUGCACUUGUCCAGAUGGCUUCCAGCAAAUAGCAAAUAGGGGAUGCCAAGAUAUCAAUGAAUGUGAGAGAUCUGACCUCUGUUCUCCUCAUGGGGAAUGUCUAAACACAGAAGGUUCCUACCAGUGCAUAUGUGAGCGGGGCUUUUCUGUGUCUGCAGAUGGCCGAACAUGUGAAGAUGUUGAUGAAUGCACGAACGGCACAAUCUGUGGCAGUCACGGGUUCUGUGAAAAUAUGGAUGGCUCCUACCGCUGCCUCUGCUACCAAGGGUAUCAGGACACACAGGAGGGGCAAGGCUGUACAGAUGUGAAUGAAUGUGAAAUGCUGAGCGGAGUAUGUGGUGAAGCCCUCUGUGAAAAUGUUGAUGGUUCUUUCCUGUGUCUGUGCUCUGAUGAAAACCAGGAGUAUGAUCCCAUGACUGGACAGUGUCGCUUCCAAACCUCACCAGAAUUACCAGUAGAGGCCGAUCAACAUGAAGAUGGAAAGAAGGAGUGCUACUACAAUUUGAAUGAUGCUAAUUUCUGUGACAAUGUGCUUACAUCCAAUGUAACCAAACAAGAAUGCUGCUGUACCUUGGGUGCCGGAUGGGGUGAUAACUGUGAAAUCUUCCCAUGCCCUGUCUUUGGAACUGCUGAAUUUACUGAUUUGUGUCCUGAAGGAAAAGGUUUCAUUCCCUCUGGAGAGUCAUCUUACGGGCUUCUUGCUCAGAAUUACAAAGAUGCUGAUGAAUGCCAACUCUUUGGACAAGAAAUCUGUAAAAACGGCUUCUGUUUGAAUACGCAGCCAGGUUAUGAGUGUUACUGCAAACAAGGCACAUACUAUGACCCUGUUAAGCUCCAGUGCUUUGACACGGAUGAAUGUCAGGACCUAAACAGCUGUAUUGAUGGCCAGUGCAUUAACACAGAAGGAUCUUACAACUGUUUCUGUACACACGCAAUGGUUCUGGACCCAACAGAAAAGCAAUGCAUCAGACCAGCAGACUCAAGUGAACAAACUGAAGAAACUGAAGUCUACCAGGAUCUUUGCUGGCAGCAUCUAAGUGAUGAUUUUGUUUGUAGUCGACCUCUGGUUGGAAAGCAGACUACUUAUACUGAGUGCUGUUGCCUGUACGGUGAAGCCUGGGGCAUGCAGUGUGCACUGUGUCCUAUGAAAGAGUCAGAGGAUUAUGCCCAGCUGUGCAACAUUCCUGUUCCAGGAUCUCGACGGCCAUAUGGACAAGAUGCUUUGGUUGACUUCGAGGAGCACUACACUCCAGAAACUAAUCCAUACUUUGUUGAAGACCGUUUUCUGAACAGUUUUGAGGAGUUACAAGCAGAGGAAUGUGGUAUUCUGAAUGGAUGUGAAAAUGGCCGAUGUGUACGAGUCCAAGAAGGCUACACCUGUGACUGCUUUGAUGGUUAUCACCUGGACAUGGCCAAAAUGACCUGUGUUGAUGUGAACGAGUGCAAUGAGCUGAACAACAGGAUGUCUCUCUGCAAGAAUGCCAAAUGCAUUAACACAGAAGGUUCAUACAAGUGCUUGUGUCUCCCGGGGUACGUACCCUCAGAUAAGCCAAACUACUGCACACCACUGAACUCAGAACCAGACAGUGAACUGGAAUAGAGGAAAAUCUCCAUAUCCUAAGCCCAUAUACUCUGCACUGUAUAAAGAAAAGGAAGAAAAAUAUUUAACUUGAGAAGGCACCGGAGUAGCGAACUUAAGGGGAGAAAAGCAUUAAAAUGUGUCGAAGGUGAGACAUGAUGGGCUGACUGUGUAUCAGCUUCAAUGAAGUGACAGACCAAAUGAACACAUUACUCUGUACAAAAGAAACCAUCAAGUAUAUAGUGUGUUCUUAAGAAAAAAAAAUAAUCUUUGAAAAUAAGCAAAAACAGUGCUAUUACUUUAAACAGAAGAGCUUUGUUUUUUUGGGUUUCUUGUUUGUUUGUUUUUUAACUAUUGCUUGAUUAAUUUGGCAUUUAAAUAGUGAUGGAAAUAUUUUAUAUUGCUAUUUUUUUUUGAUUGUUCGGUUCCUUGCCUACUGUUUCUUUUCAGACCUUUUUCUGAUUAGUACAAAUUCUAUGAUAGAGAUAUUCUUAGGCCAUUUUAUAAGAACUGUUGCACAGGGUAAUGCUCCUCCUUCUCUGGAACAUUGGUCAGUGACUUGUUUUUAAUUUGCUAGUUGUCUGCCCUGUGGAGCAGGCACCAUUUGUUUUCAAAUGUUUAUAUACCUUGGCGAAAAGUCCUUAUAUUCAUUUUGUAUUCUGUAUGGUUGUUACUGCACUUAAAGUCUUUAGAACCUUUCUUGCCAAGUUCAAAGCUGCUAGUGGACAACAUUGGAUUCCUUUUGUACAUUAAAACAAAAAGAUUUUAGCUCACGUUUGUAUUGUAAUGUGUAAAUUGAACGCAAGAGAGAUCUUGUAUGAUUACCCUAACAUAUUAAAGCUGUAUAUUAAAACUCAAUAAAAUUACCUUUUUUUUAGAAAAA